CGCAGUUGGUCUUCCCGGGAAAGGCUGCUCUAGAUAUAUAAAAGAAGCGGGAGCGACUCUGCUGCCACUGUCUCUGCUUACAACAGACAAGUAACAGCAUCAGCACAGCUCCACAACUCCUACCCUCUCUCUCCUUUACACAUCAUGAACCGAGUCGUGUGCCUGAUGGUGGUGAUGGCGGUGGCUAUGUCCGUUGCCAGCGCCUCCUCCUGCAGCACCUUUUGCAAGGACCCGUACCUUAACAUCCAGGGAGAGUACGUGUGUUGUGACAAAAAUCCCGGCACAUGCCCCGAACGAGAUGAGUGUCCCCCGCUCGCGCAAGAGGAUGUUCGCCAAGGAAUCAGGUUUUGCCACUACGAUCCAGAGUGUCACCCAAAUGAGAAAUGCUGCUUUGAUAUCUGCAUCAAACAGAAAGUGUGCAAACUUGCCGAUCCCUAAUAAGGAAUGUAAUAACUAUAUCAAUGCCACCACCACCACCACCACCACCACCACCACCAUCACUACAAGACCCCUAUCGCAAACGUUCUGGCGUCUCACUUCCACCUUCAGCAAGAUUUAAAAGAGUGGAAUUUUCAAGUCUUUUCAUGAUUCCAACGAUGGCUUAAGAAACACUCUACAUCAUACAUAAGAAAAAUAUCCAUGAGAACUCCAUUAAUAAGCUAUGUGGCCUUUCAUAUCAAUCCGAAUGAGAAUAAAUUAAAGCCAGCAUGAAAUUUUAGAGGGUGUUGUCAUGAUUCCGGCGACAGAUCAGCAAGAAUUUACCAUCAACAGAGAAAAACAGCCAUCAGUCCCUGUGGUUCUUGGAAACAGUCCUGCUGAGAAAACAACGCCUUUCUAAUUAAAGUCUUCGAAUCUUUAAGUGACUGGCUGAAGUGUCGACAUGAAGCCAUCUCUUGUUGUUGCUUGCUAUUGUUUCACUGUGCUUAAAAUCUGUUCUCAUUUAAGGCAGUGGUUCUCCAAUCUGUGCUGGGCGUACUGUACCACUGGGCUUUCCAAGUGGGACGCACGCCACCACUUUAGAGAACGUAUACGAGAUUAUUGUUGAUUGCAGUGACUGAUUUUUUGAGAAUUGUUUAUUUUCUGUCUGUCUUUUUUAUGUUUCUCAGCUGAUCUUUUACUUCAUAAAAUUGUUGAUCUUUC